CACGCACGCACGCACGCACGCACGAGCAGGAAUUAACGCGCAAGUUUGCAUUGAUUUUAUAGGUACAGCAUCCAGACGCUUUAGGUCUCUCCACAUUUUGGCAAUUAUAAAAAUACCGGCAAAUAUUCAUGUGCCGCUUUUUCUCAUUGAUAUUAGAGAGUAUACUUGAUGGACACUAUAGACGGGAAUUUAAACUUUUUUGAAAGCCAUAGAGUUAUAAGGGACAUAAAAGAGGUCAAUAUAUUUUCAUUCAGCGUUUAAAAAGACGGCACCUAAAAGGAUGCUCAUGCUGACGCGGAGUCGGUGCUUUUGGAUGUCGGCGCUGAUGAUCACGGCAGUGCGGAUGGGAGGAACUCAAGGGAACGACACCGGAGCCCACGGGAACUCCAUCAGAUCACUGGAGCCGCUGAGCUCCGCCACUAACCGAUCCGGCGCUCCAUACAGCGGCAUCCCGAAGAAAGGCAACAUGCCCGCACAGGGAUACCCAUGCAGCAGUGAUCAAGAGUGCAUGGUGGGCAGUUACUGUCACAGUCCUCAACACGCCCCAUCUCACUGUAUCACCUGCCGCAGGAGAAAGAAGCGUUGCCACAGAGACACCAUGUGCUGCCCCGGCAACCUCUGCAGCAACUAUAUAUGCAUCCCCAUCACGGAGAGUGUAUUGACCUCACAUAAAUCACCUUUGGAGGAGCAUAACAAGCUUUCUAUCAAAGACAAAGGCUGGAGGAGGAAUGGGAAAGCUCAAGCCAAGAUCUCUCUUAAAGGUCACGAGGGCGACCCUUGCCUGCGAUCGUCCGACUGCUCGGAGGGCUACUGCUGCGCUCGUCACUUCUGGACGAAGAUCUGCAAGCCGGUGCUGCAACAGGGUGAAGUGUGCACAAAACAACGCAAGAAAGGCUUGCACAAUCUGGAGAUCUUCCAGCGCUGUGACUGUGCCAAGGGACUUGCCUGCAAGGUGUGGAAGGACGCCACCUCCUUCUCCAGGUCCAGACUUCACGUAUGCCAGAGGAUCUGAGACGGCGGGCCCCUGCAAAUAAGCUGCACCUUGGGGCCUGUGAGUCCUGCUGGCAAGAACUCCUCUUUCUAGGACUUACUCAGCUGUGAUAUGUGGAGAAAGGGUGAUAUACAGAUGAAUGUGUACCAGAACUGGUUGGGUUUGGGAUGGGAAUGAACCAAUGCAAUGGAUGCUCAAACACAGCCAUUGGGGUAGCUCUCCUGGCCUCUUUUUAAAAAUAUUUGCUGCACAUGUUUCACAGUAGCUAGGUGUAUUGAUUUGAAAGCCAUAUUUAUCACUAAUGUCUCGCUCACUCUGUCUAUUCAUUCAACAAACUGUGUUAUCAUAGUAUCAAAGCAGAACUUUUUAGUCACAAAAGAUUUAACAGGGAAAAUUCACUUUGAAUGUGCCCUCUGAUUGUGUCAUUUAUAUGCACAUGCAUUUUUUAGCACCCAAUUCAGUACAGGAAUUAAUGCAAAUCAGAUCAAUUUGCAUGGUGCAAUUUCACAAAUGUGCCUUAAAAUAAAAAUUCUGUUUUCUGCCAGCUUUCCAUGACAAUAGCGCAACAUUAAUUGCACCAGCCAAAUAGCGCUGACUUUUAUGAAUAAGGCACAAUCUAUAAUAAACCUAAUGUACAUAGAAAAGAGGCAUGUUUGCACGUCAUUGGCGCAGUGGUAUACCAGCCUAGUUAAAACCUGGUUAUGCUGAAUUGUGGAUGGUUAGUGAAUAAGAUAAAAGUAGUUUGUGCUACUGUUUAGUGAAUUCGCCCCUUAAUGAUAAAUAUAACCACUCUAUUAAAUAGUAUAAAGUCAAAAUAUGACAUUAGAAAAAUAGUUUUAUUGGAUCCUCAGGGUCAUGUACAUUAUCCCAGACUGGAGGCAAAGUCUGGCUUUAACUGUAGGGGUGAAACUCUGCUGUUGGCCAUCAAGAUAAGAUUAACCAAAUCCAAAUUUUUAGAGUCAGCCCCGGAAAGUGCCAAUCUCUAGAAGAACACAUAAUAUAAUGGGUUUUACAGGCCGUGUUUAAAGUUACCUUUGUUGUCACUGUUGCUGGGGAAAAGUUAGUGUACUUAGCCCACGUAGAUGAACAUAAAGCAAAGACCUUUUCCUAAAUACCAGACAUCUGCCACUCUGAAAGUGCACUUUGAGUAUGAUUGUACAAAGAUAUAUAUGUGUACAUGGCACCCAAACAAAAAAAAAUUAUGUAAUAGUAAAAACACUUGCCUGGGAAAUAUGAUCAUUUGUUUGAAUUUAUUCAUUUCGCAAUAGUUUUUAUCAGAUUAAUUUUGUCAGAAAUACUAAAUCGAUUCUGAUUAUCAAGGGAAGUUGUUUACAAUGGUGUUCAGUGAAUGUUCAGAUAUUAUAAUGUGCUUUUUUAAUUAUGACUUUAUGAAUCAUAUUCAUUGACCAUACUUUUUUGUGUGUUAAGUAUUAGUAUUUUUCCAAGAUCCACAACACCAUUUAGCUAAAAUACAAAAUAAUCAUAAAAACUGAUAAGCUCUUAUAUUGUAAAUAACAUGCAAAGAUUUCAAAGUGUAUUUAAAAAAGCAGUUGUAUAUCAUGUAUAUAUUGAUGAGAAAGGAACUCAUGAAUAAAGUUCCAUAAAGGCUUAAAACACGUUUUCUUUUUCUUUUUUUUUUUACUUCCGACUUCAUUUUUUAUAGUCUAGCGUGAGAUCCAUUUUGUCAGUCUCUAUAUUUUUACACCACAGAUAUGAAAAUAGCCAAGCAGAACUAUUACUAUUAAAUUAUUUUCAAAUCAUAUUUCUUAUAAAGCUCAUGUUGU